AUGGGAAAAUUAUUUUUUGGUAUUUUUCAAAAAAGAAAUCGAAAGCAGAUCUUAUCAGAUGAAUAUAAUCAAACACGAAAUGAUUUAAAAUCUCGAACAAAACCAAACCGAGGAAAAUUUAAGAAAACAAACUCAAAAAAUAAUAAACAACAAACUACUGAACCAAUUCAGUAUGGUCCAAUUCUGGUAAAACCAAGCAAAAAUGUUGCACGAACACUUUGUAGUGGGCGAAAAAGUAAAGAUGAACCAAUUCCACCGGAAGAAGAUUUAAAACGUAAACAAUGUCGUCAUAGAAAUAAACAAGCUGCUGCUAAAUGUCGUCGAAAACGAAACGAUCUUCGUGAAGAAUUAGAAAAAACUGAACAAAUGUUGACGGAAGAACAAAAAUCUCUCGAACGUUCAGUUCAAACAUUAACUAAUCAAAAAAAUCAAUUAGAAAUUUUAUUACAUCGUCAUCUAUAUUCAAAUAAUAAUAAUGGAAAUAAUAAAUGUGUUACUAUUAAUUUUACAAAUGCACAAGAUUUACUUGCUCUUGCGCCAUUAACACGAAUAACAACAGCUGAUGGUUCAUCAUCGUCAUCAUCAUCUGUACUUAUGAUAGCAAUUCAUAUUAUUCCAGAAGUAGCGCAAGCAUUACUUGGUUCAACAUCAAUUGAUAAAGCAAAAUUAGCUGAAUUACUUCAACAAGUUAAUGUGAAUAAUUCAUCUUCAACAAGAACAAUAUCAGAUUGA